CUGGAGUCCCGCAAGGCUCCGUUAUUUCCCCAACACUGUUCAAUAUUCAUAUUAAUGAUUUGGAAAACACGUUAACAAACAACUUUACAAACACGCACAAGUAUGCAGACGACUGCACUCUUGAUGAGGUCGUUGCAAACGGAGCCCUUUCAAAUAUGCAGGAAUCGACUAAUCAAGUGAUGAAUUGGGCCAACGAUAAUAAAAUGGUGGUGAAUCCCAAAAAAACUAAGGACAUGUGGAUCAGUUUUUCCCAAUCCUCUCCUGAACCCCCACCUAUACAAACGGAUGGAAUUGAAAUAGAAAGAGUAAACUCCUACAAACUUCUCGGUGUAUGGGUGCAAAAUGAUUUAAAGUGGAAUACCCAUGUUUGUAAAAUAACAAAAAGAGCAAAUAAGCUAUUAUUCCUUCUCAGAGAGUGUAGGAAAUCCUUCCUACCACCCGAGAUUGGUUUAUUAACAUAUACGUCGAAGAUCCGGCCAAUACUUGAAUACGCCUCUCCAGUCUGGGGUGGAAUCCCUAAAUAUCUUGAAGUAGAAAUUGAACGUGUUCAACAAAGAAGCUUGAGAAUCCUAGGAUUGGAGAAAGAUACCCUCCCUACACUAAAAGAAAGAAGGGACAAGGCAACAUGCAACGAGCUGAAAAGGAUUGUGGAAGUCCCAAACAACCCAUGUAAUCGUUUCCUAUCUGGUAAUAAGAAUCACACUUACGAACUGAGAAGGACCAGAAACAGCACUCCAAGACAGCUCUCAAAAACACACAGGCAUA